AUGGCCCCUCACGUCGAGUCAGAAGUCACUUCUGAGCAUACCCACGAUGACUCUCAGACGAUCACCCGGUCUCGGUCGUCUUGGUACCGCUCCAUUCCCUUUCAAAUUGCCGUUGCUAGUGGUGUCUCGUUCACCGCCCCUGGAAUGUGGGAUGCACUGAACAACCUUGGAGCAGGUGGUGCAGCCGAGCCCUACGCUGUCUCCGCAGCGAACGCUCUGGUCUACGGAUUAUUCGCUGUUGUUUGUAUCGCCGCUGGUGCAAUCAACAACCGCAUUGGUCUUCGCUAUGGUCUGGUCCUCGGUGCGAUCGGUUACCCGAUCUACGGUGCCGGUCUGUACACUAACAACUACCACCCUACGACAUGGUUUCUGCUCUUCGGCUCCGCGCUGUGCGGUAUCUCAGCUGGAUUUUUCUGGGCUGCCGAGGCCGCUAUCAUCAUUGGUUAUCCCAGUCCCAAGGAGCGCGGUUUCUACCUUGCUGUCUGGCAGACCGCCAAGUCUUCCGGUCCGAUUGUCGGCGGUGCAAUCAGUCUGGGACUGAAUGCACAGGGCUCCCAAAAGGGAACAGUCAGCGCUUCGACCUACAUCGUCUUCAUUGUCAUCAUGUGUCUCGGUCUGCCGAUUUCGCUCCUACUCAGUCCCGCCGAGAAGGUCCAGCGCAAGGACCACUCUCUUGUGGUUGUGAACAAGAAAGAAACUUGGGCCAAGGAAUUCAAAGCUGCCUUUUCUCUGAUCUUCACUCGCCGUGUCCUCCUACUCCUCCCAGCCUUCUUCAUCAGCUACUUCUACAACGGCUUCCAGAGCACCUGGCUGACCACCUACUUCACCGUCCGAUCUCGCGCAUUCUCAUCUUUCCUCACUAAUUUCGCCGGAAUCGCGUCUUCGUUCCUCAUGGCUCUGCUGCUUGACCGCCAAUCCAUCUUCAUCAAGACCCGUGCCAGAAUCGCUUUCUGCUCCAUCGUUGCCCUGACCAUCGGCACGUGGAUUUGGGCUACCAUCCUGCAGAAACAGUACUACGACGCACCUGAGCCCCCGAUGUUCGACUGGUUCACAAGUGACUUCAACAAGGCGUACGCGCUUGUCUUCUUCUGGACCUUCAGUGGCCUCGCCUUCCAGCAAUUCCUCUACUGGCUGGUUGGCCAGUACAGCACCGACAUUUCAUCAUUGUCCUACCACUGCGGAAUUCUGCGUGGAUUCGAGGCUCUGGGACAAACCAUUGCAUGGGCCAUGCAAACCGAGGGAGGUGCCAACCACUUUGUCAGCAUCGGUCUCAAUUUUGGAAUCACGAUACUUGCCUUCGUCCCCACGUGGAUUGUUCUGUCUGAAUUGGAGCAAAGCCACGAGGUGCAGGUCACCGCGGAGGACGUCGCGCCCAAGACAGCCGAGUCAACAGCUUGA